GAGAGAGAGAGAGAGAGAGAUUUUCAGCGAAAGUCAGUGCGAAUCUCAUAGCACCUUUUUGCUGUUAUUGGGAUUCUCAUAUUGUUUCUGUUCAAUUUUUUCUCUGCCUUGAAAUGGUGGAUAAAUCCGGAGGAUUCAUGUGAUUUGAGCAGUGGAUGGAGAGAAACAGAGAUUUGCGGAGUGCUGGUUCGGCAGCAGACGGAUGCCCGAGGAGGAGGAGAACAGUCAUCACUGUCGGAGACUCAGCGAACGACGAUCGGAAGAUGGAAUUGAAGGAGACGGUGAGGUUCAUAGAUCGACAGCAGGUGUGGAGAAUGGACCGGGAUCGAGAUUUAUCCAAGAGGAGGAGGAUUGAGAACAGGGCUGCGGUGCCGCAGAGGAACGGCGGCGGCGGCGGCGGUGGUGGAAAUGAAGCAGCUCAAGAUGGGUGUGUGGAUAGAGAGAAAGUGGGGUCUCUUGAGGAGAGAGAAUCACCAUCAUGUGUUUCUAAAGUAAAUGCUUGUGAUAUUCAGCAUCUGACAGUGACAAAAGCGGAUCAUGAGGCGAGUGUGGUUGAGGUUGGGGCUAAGAAGGGCGACCGGAUAGAGAUUGAUUUAAUGGCCCUUCCAUCUUUACCAUCAUCUCCGGAGAUAAAUGGUGUGCUCGAUAUCAAUUCUGAUGUUGCUACUGGGGAUAAGAGUGAAACGAGUCCCGACAGAGGGACCCAAAUGGAGGAGAAAAAGAUUGAAGUAAUUAGUGUUGAUCAGUUAGUAGACCUUAAUGUGGAGAAGCAAAGGCUUCAAACCUCAAGUGCUAGCAAAACCAAUACACAGCCGCAACAGAGCCUGAAGGAGCCGAAAAAUCAAUCUCCAACUUCUUUCGUGCCUUUCUCGAUUGGUAUAGGUAGCUGGCAUGGUGUUCUUCCUCAUCCUGGGUAUGUGCUGUCCCAUCAAGAAAAUUUACCAGUAGAAGGAAGUUCAAAGUCUUCAAUCACAACUCAGGCCCCAGAGUUUAAAUUUUCAAAGCCUCGACCCAAGAGAAGCGCAACACAUAGAUACAUUGCCGAGAACAUUCAUUCUCACCAACAGCUUGUCCAGAAAUCUCUAUCAUCUGGUUCGACUAAUGUGGGCACUACUUUGUAUGGGACCCAAUCAUCAAACUUAAAGUCGAUGUUACCUAUACAGAGGUUCGCCAUUGGGAAUCCACUGGUGGGAGACUCUGAACGAGGGCAGAAUUUGGCGGGUGAGACAAUCGUGAAGCUUUUGCCUCAACAAACUUCAAGUCAAGCUCAACUUCAAGCUCGUAACUUUUUGCACAACCCAGGUUUCACAUUCCCACCCAACUUGUCAGGACCUUCUCAUUUUGCUUUGCCCUCGAAUUCAUCAACAAAUAAACCUCCGGCAAACUCAUCCCAUGCAGAGGCAUCAAAUGCAGGCACAUUUAAUCGCCAGUUUUUCCCUUUCAACGAAGCAAUGCUACAGAACAACGGCUGCCAGUUUCCUAAUCUGCCGAACAUAACUCUACCUUCUUUCAAAGGUGAAUCAUCCAUUUUAAACCCGUCCAUUUAUUCCCUGCCGGUUUUCAAUAUUCCCCCAUAUCAGCACCUGUUGUCCACCUUCAAUACGAAAACCGUUGAAAAUCGAACACUGCAAAUGGAGAAGAACAACAAUGGUGCCUCUGCUAGUGAUGGCUCAGCUUCUCAACAUCCAAAGCCUAAAAAAAACAACAAUAACAACAACAGUGCCCAGAUUUAUCCAUUUCCAAUCCAACCAAUGAGCUUCGGCCACGUUGGUAACAAACAGCCAAAUGCCGCUUCAGCUCCAGUGAUUAGCUUCUCCACCAUGCCGCAAAACUCCUCCAUCUUCCAGAUGCUUCCGGAACUAUCCUGGAACGGUGGUGGUAACAAGAACUUCCCUUCAUCCGAGGAAAAAUCUCGAAACGCAGCGUCUUCCAAAUUCGAAAAUUCGGGUAAAAAUGCCGGUUCUCAUCCGUCCCAUUUAAGUCCCCUCCCAAUUCCGAAUUACUCGCCCUUGCUUCCGAAAUGGGAGAACUUUCCUAGAACAGCGAAACUUCCGGAAGGCUCGUCUCAAUUUUCCGCACGAAACAUUCCUCAACCGAAAAACCCGCAAGUCCAGGUUCAGGUUCAGGGUCAUGUUUCUUACGGUAAUAGUCCGGUUUUAGUUCAGGGGCAGCUUUCGAAUCCUACAAACACUAAGACCAGCAGCAAUCAAAGAGUCAAUACAGUGAAAAGCUGAAAGAAAAUCAGGUGAGAUAGGAAUUAUAUUGAAGUUUUUUUUUUUUUUUAAUGGUUUUAUCUGAGAAUUUUGGUGGAUAUUAUUUAUGAAAUGGCUGUGUACCUCCCAUUUGGGUUGUUUUUUCUUUUUCUUUUUUCCAAAGUGACACACUGAUUGAUGUUGUGUGUAUAGAGACUAAUCUAUGUUAUAAAUCAUAGAAUUACAUUCUUUCAUGGACUUCAUUUCCGGUUUAAUUACAUUAUUUUCUUUUGAA